CCCCCCCUGGUGUGUAGUUUUACAGGAAAUAUAGUAGUAAUAGUGGGACGAGCUCACACAGGAACUCCCGACAGGUCCUUAACUUGCCCUUUGUCUUAUCCAAAAUCCUUAAAUCAACUUUGUUUCCUAAUCCCUGCCACCUUCACUAUAUUUACAACUUCUUAAGGAAACUUGGAGAUCCACCAAUGAGAUCAAGUGGAUCAAUUACUGACUGAGGAGCAGGUCAGAAGCCUUUGUGUCGUCGGCGUGGUGACCACGGGAGGAAUCCCUUCCAAAACAGGAAAGCCUGCCAUUCACGGGGAUAUCAGCGCUUUGAUGAGUCAGCAUGUGCCGUGCAAUGUCGGCCGAUCUGUCCAGAUGUCUGCAAAGUCGCCGCAGCACCAUCAACUGCCUGUCCAAGGGUGGCCGGGACAAAAAGAGCUUUCCCUUUUCUCAGCAGGACGCGGUGAAAGCGUGGAGCUCUCUGGAGAACCUGGACGGGCCCGAGUGCCCCGCAGGUGAGGAGAAACCCAAACCGCACGACGUCACGGUCAACAUUGGCGGGAAGGUUUUCCACAUCCCCAAAAAGUGUGCCAUGAACUACCCUCACACCCGUAUCGGCUCGCUGGCUGCCUGCGCAGACCGAAGCCGCCUCUCCGCCCUCUGCGACGACUACUCCGUCAAAAAGGACGAGUUCUUCUUUGACCGCGACCCCGCCUUUUUCCACCACAUCUGCCAUUUCUACGCCAGUGGCGAGCUAUGGGUCAUCCGGGAAAUGUGUCCGAUCCACUUCGAGGAGGAAAUGGCCUACUGGGGCCUGAGCCUGAAGGACACCAAGCGCUGCUGCUGGAUGGUGUUUGAGGAAAAGGUGGACGAGAUGAGGGACAACCUGAAGGUGGAGAGGGAACUCAUGGCCGAGAUCGAGGUGAAGUACGACGACGAGUUAUUUGCCGACAUGGCGUUCGGGAGCGUACGGAGGACCUUGUGGAACAUCGUGGAGAACCCCUACUCGUCGACCCCGGCUAAGGCGUUCAGCGUCUUCUCUAACCUCUUUGUCCUCUUCUCCAUAGUGGCGAUGUCUCUCAACACCGUAGAGGAGCUCCAGAACUACCAAGUCUGCGGCAAAACCUACAUGGAGUGGGUGGAGAUCUUCACCAUUGUGUUCUUCGCGUGCGAGUACCUCAUCCGCCUCGCCACCACUCCCAACGUCAAACUGUUUUUGAAGAGCGGACUCAACUUUGUGGACAUGGUGGCCGUCAUGCCUUAUUUUGUCCAGAUCGUACUGGAAGCCGCCGUGGGCGGCGAGGGCGGGAACGCGCAGGAGGACCUCAGGACGCUGGCCAGCGUCAGCAAGUUCAGCCACGUCCUGAAAGUAGUCAAACUGCUGAGGAUAUUCCGCAUCUUAAAACUGGCCCGCCACUCCACCGGCAUGAGGGCGUUCGGCUUCACCCUGCGCCAGUGCUACCAGCAGGCCUCUUGCAUAUUGCUCUUCAUCGCCAUGGGGAUCUUCACUUUCUCCGCUCUCCUGCAUUCCGCUGAGAGGGAGACCGAGGGCUCUCCCAUCAGCAGCAUUCCUUACGCCUGGUGGUGGGCUGCGGUCAGCAUUUCCACUGUGGGCUAUGGGGAUGUGGUUCCUGUGACCAUCCUGGGCCGCAUCGUAGCUUUUGGCUGCAUCUCGUUUGGAAUCAUCCUGAACGGAAUGCCCAUCUCCUUCCUCUUUAACAAGUUCUCCGAUUACUACGCCAAGCUGAAGACGCAGGAGUACAAGACUAUCUCGGUCCAACGCCGCCUGCAGCUCAAGAGGCGCCUCCGGCACAGAAUAGACACGCGUUUUGGUCCCGCGGUGGAAGACAACGGUCAUUCCCAAGCCUCCGCUGACAUUCCUCAUCCCACAGACCUCGCCGAGUCAUAAAAUACUUGAGAUUUUAACUAUCAGUGCCUGCACAUUUCCCCUGGAAACUGCCGUAUUUUGCCCCUCUUUCCCGCUUAGUUCCCUGUAAUUUUCCCGUGCAGUAGGGAAGGGAUUCAUACGGCCCCAUUCCUGGGUGGACCUCGCGUGAGAGGAAGAGAGGGGGGUAAUCAUUUUGCAACGCAGUCUGCUGAAAAUGAUCGAAAGCGCCACUCUGCGUCACGCUAAAUUGGGAUUGCCACAAAACACAUUUUAAGAAAUUCAAUACCCUACUGCCAUCUGGAGGCUAAAGUAGGUUGUGCACGCCCCAAAUUCAUCAAUCAAUCAAUCAAUCAAUGUCUAUUUAUAUAGCCCUAAAUCACAAGUGUCUCAAAGGGCUGCACAAGCCACAACGACAUCCUCGGUUCAGAUCCCACAUCAGGGCAAGGAAAAACUCAACCCAGUGGGAUGACAAUGAGAAACCUUGGAGAGGACCCCAGAUUUGGGCGACGCCCUCUAGGGCGACCAGUACAAUGGACAUCGAGUGGAUCUAGCAUAAUAUUGUGAAAGUCCAGUCCAUAGUGGAUCUAACAUAAUAGUGAGAGUCCAGUCCAUAGUGGAUCUAACAUAAUAGUGAGAGUCCAGUCCAUAGUGGAUCUAACAUAAUAGUGAGAGUACAGUCCAUAGUGGAUCUAACAUAAUAGUGAAAGUCCAGUCCAUAGUGGAUCUAACAUAAUAGUGAGAGUCCAGUCCAUCGUGGAUCUAACAUAAUAGUGAGAGUCCAGUCCAUAGUGGAUCUAACAUAAUAGUAAGAGUCCAGUCCUUAGUGGAUCCAACAUAAUAGUGAGAGUCCAGUCCAUAGUGGAUCUAACAUAAUAGUGAGAGUCCAGUCCAUAGUGGAUCCAACAUAAUAGUGAGAGACUCUCACUAUUAUGUUAGGUCCAUAGUGGAUCUAACAUAAUAGUGAGAGACUCUCACUAUUAUGUUAGAUCCACUAUGGACUGGAUCUAACAUAAUAGUGAGAGUCCAGUCCAUAGUGGGGCCAGCAGGAGACCAUCCCGAGCGGAGACAGGUCAGCAGUGUAGAGAUGUCCCCAACUGAUGCACAGUCGAGCGGUCCACCCCCGGGUCCCGACUCUGGACAGCCAGCACUUUAUCCGUGGCCACCGGACCUGUGCCUCCCCUCCCUGUCUCUCUCUCCACGAGGGAGAGGGGGGGCAGGGCAGUUUCAUCACGUUUCAUGUGUCAGGUAAACCGCGACGAAUGGGGCCAUGUGAAUGCCCUUCCUACUGUUAUUAAUGAAAUCCGUGUUUGUUUGAGGCCACACCAAUCUGCGAGGACAACGGUGCAGCGCAUUGGUAGGAGUACUGCAAUAAGGAUGCCACGGUCCCUUUUAUUUUCCACAAAGACAAUCCUCAAUUCCGACUGCAAAAAAUGUAUAGUACCGUAUUUUUCGGAUUAUAAGUCGCUCCGGAGUAUAAAUCGCACCGGCCGAAAAUGCAUAAUAAAGAAGGAAAAAAAACAUAUAUAAGUCGCACUAGAGCAGUGGUUCUUAACCUUGUUGGAGGUACCAAACCCCACCAGUUUCAUAUGCGCAUUCACCGAACCCAAAUCGUAAUCAUAAAUACAUAAAUGAUGUUGUUAUAUUAAAGAAAUACUAAUAAAGAUAUAUUUUACAAACAGAAAGUUACAGGAAUGUACACAUAAUCCCAUGUUUACAUCUCAUUGUGCAACAUGUGAAUGUUUUAGUGGGAACUAAAUGCGAUAUCUGAAAGGGGUACACAUUAUUUCCAAAGUAGGACCCCCCACCCAGACAUAUAAUACUAAUACACAGCUCAUGAAAAACAAUAUGGUAUAGUCAUUGUAAGUGGUCCAAAACACUUAUAUUAGAAAAUAAUCUCAUGGAAAUGACUGCUGUCAUUUGAUUACAAUAAUAAAACAGUGAACUUGUUAUUUAGUCUGGUUUGGGACAGGUGUGCUGCAUGUAUGACCACAGUUAAGAACGGUUAAGAAUCACUGCACUAGAGUAUAAGUCGCAUUUUUUGGGGAAAUGUAUUUGAUAAAAUCCGACACCAAGAAUAGACAUUUGAAAGGCAAUUUAAAGUAAAUAAAGAAUAGUGAACAACAGGCUGAAUAAGUGUACGUUAUAUGACGCAUAAAUAACCAACUGAGAACGUGCCUGGUAUGUUAACGUCUAGUCUUUUACGUGAAUGAGAUACAUAAUAUUAUUUGAUAUUUUACGGUAAUAUGUUAAUAAUUUCACACAUAAGUCGCUCCAGAGUAUAAGUCGCACCCCCGGCCAAACUAUGAUAAAAACGGCGACUUAUAGUCAGAAAAAUAGGAUGCAUCCCUAUGAAUAUUAAUUGUCAAUUAGUCAGGCCAACAUUAGUCAUACUGAAAGUCCUGAGUUUUUUAAUCUUUUAAGACAAAAUAUCUGCUAUUUUCCUAGAUUUGACAUGUUGAGAAAUCUCGCAGUGGAUCCUGGUAAGCUAAAAAUAAUUGAUAUUAAUAGGAAUGGCAUAAUUGUAGGGAAAGAAAACUGGAGAGCCCGCUUGAAUGUAACUAUUAUUGUUACAUGCGGUCAGAAGUAAAUACUGAAGUAUUUACACUGUAAACCUUUUCAUUGUUACUUUCUGGCUAAUAACUAUAACAGUAAUAUUCUUUACUUUUACAGCAACAUUUACAGUAAUGUAUUGCAAAAUAUCUUUACAGCAAUUUUGCUGUAACUGCAGAGCUGUGAUUUUUGCGGUUAAUUACAAUAACGUUUUAAGUAAACACUUUAACUUCGCACCUGUAAUUUUAUAGUGAACUACUCUCUCGGUUUACUGGACAAGCGUGCGCAACUUGUCUACAGAACUCCGUAAAAUCAGUUUGAAUUUAAAGUAAUUUCUUGUGAUAUUACACGAUGAUUUCAGUAUUUGUAAAAUAACACCUAGAUGAUGUGAAAUCCUGGUAUUUAAAUACUGCCUGUUACUUACUGAGCAGGGUUUGGUGUGAGCUGUAUUUUGAGAAGUUGAAGAAGGAGCAUGCAUAGUUUUGGACAUAAAAGUCUUUAUAGCUAAAAGCCUUCUUUCCCGCCAUGCUUCUUGUUUCCUGUAAAUUGUAUUUUUUUCUUUUUUUUUAAAAACAACAAAAAAACUGGUAGAGGGAGAUUAGAAAUGGUUGUAUUUUUUUCUUAUUUUCUUGAAAUGUUCCUUUGUUUUCAAAUACAUAACAGGCUGAAAGGGUUGUAAUUAUUCAACAAAUGUAUCCCAAACUUCAAAGGAUAUGAAAAGUACCAAAGAAAAAUGGCAACUUUAUUGCUAUUUUUUUUUGAUAUGCGAAACUAUUGGUAAAAAAAAAAAAAAAAAAAAGUCAUUAAAAGUCGUAAAAUUUAAACGCCACAAUGUUUCUUCCAAAGAAAGACAUGUGCGGAGAAGCAGGUUUUUUCUGGGGAAAUUGUGUUUCCGGGGGCGCGUGCAUUGGGUUGACAAAGCGUCCUCUGCGAUCUUUUCCAGCCUUUUCAAGUGCAGGCGGACGUACAAAACCCAAAACCAGUGAAGUUGUAAAUCAUAAUUAAAAACAGAAUGCAAUGAUUUGCAAAUCCUUUUCAACUUAUAUUCAAUUGAAUAAACUGCAAAGACAAGAUAUUUUAAUGUUCGAACUGAGAAACUUUUUUUUUUUUGCAAAUAAUCAUUAACUUAGAAUUUAAUAGCAGCAACACUUUGCAAAAAAGUUGGCAUGUUCACCACUGUGUUACAUGGCCUUUCCUUUGAACAACACUCAGUAAACGUUUGGGAACUGAGGAGACCAAUUUUUUAAGAUUUUCAGGUGGAAUUCGUUCCCAUUCUUGCUUGAGGUACAGCUUAAGUUGUUCAACAGUCCGGGGUCUCCGUUGUGGUAUUUUAGGCUUCAUAAUAUGCCACAUAUUUUCAAUGGGAGACAGGUCUGGACUACAGGCAGGCCAGUCUAGUACUCGUACUCUUUUACUACAAAGCCACGCUGUUGUAACACGUGCAGAAUGUGGCUUGGCAUUGUCUGCUGAAAUAAGCAGGGGCGUCCAUGAAAAAGAUGUUGCUUAGACGGCAACAUCUGUUGUUCCAAAACUUGUAUGUACCUUUCAGCAUUAAUGGUGCCUUCACAGAUGUGUAAGUUACCCAUGUCUUUGGUACUAAUACACCCCCAUACCAUCACAGAUUCUGGCUUUUCAACUUUGCGCCUACAACAAUCCGGAUGGUUCUUUUCCUUUUUGGUCCGGAGGACAAGACGUCCACAGUUUCCAAAAAACAAUUUGAAAUGUGGACUCGUCAGGCCACAGAACACUUUUCCACUUUGCAUCAGUCCAUCUUAGAUGAGCUCGGGCCCAGCGAAGCCGGCUCCGUUUCUGGGUGUUGUUGAUAAAUGGCUUUUGCUUUGCAUAGUAGAGUUUUAACUUGCACUUACAGAUGUAGCGCAGACUGUAGUUACUGACAGUGGUUUUCUGAAGUGUUCCUGAGCCCAUGUGGUGAUAUCCUUUACACAUUGAUGUCGCUUUUUGAUGCAGUACCGCCUGAGGGAUCGAAGGUCACAGGCAUUCAAUGUUGGUUUUCAGCCUCGCCGCUUACGUGCAGUGAUUUCUCCAGAUUCUCUUAACCCUUUGAGGAUAUUAUGGACGGUAGAUGGUAAAACCCCUAAAUUCCUUGCAAUAGUUCGUUAAAAAAUGUUGUUCUUAAACAAUUUGCUCACGCAUUUGUUCACAAAGUGGUGACCCUCGCCCCGUCCUUGUUUGUGAAUGACUGAGCAUUUCAUGGAAGCUGCUUUUAUACCCAAUCAUGGCACCCACUUAGCCGGUUCACCUGUGCGAUGUUCCGAAUAAGUGUUUGAUGAGCGUUCCUCAACUUGCUCAGUCUUCUUUGCUACUUGUGCCAGCUUUUUUGAAACAUGUUGCAGACAUCAAAUUCCAAAUGAGCUAAUAUUUGCAAAAAUUAACAAAGUUUACCAGUUCGAAUGUUAAGUAUCUUGUCUUUGCAGUCUAUUCAAUUGAAUAUAGGUUGAAAAGGAUUUGCAAUUCAUUGUAUUCUGUUUUUAUUUACCAUUUACACCAUACUUGCCAACCUUGAGACCGCCGAUUUCGAGAGGUGGGGUGGGGCGUGGUUGGUGGUUAAGAGGGGAGGAGUAUAUUGACAGC